GCGUCUAUAGUCGCGAUUUUAAUAAGACGCAUUGAUCGACGAUGCCACCUCUGAGUCCAUCGAGUGAGUCAAGUGAAAGUUCGCAACACAUCCAGGAUUCUUCUGAGCAAUAUCUCUUGAGUGAUUUGUCGCACGCAGCCUCGUCAAGCUCCAACCUAAGACCUGCAGCUGGGUUUGAAGAACCGACCUUUCCAUCACCAACAAUACAAAAGAUCUCGAGUAAAGUAGAGACAAGAAACCACCGCCCAAAGUCAGACAACCAGCACAGCCUCGUCGAUGCAAUUCAACCAAACGAUGGCGAGAACGAACGAGAAGAAGAAUCCAAGAAGGCCAACAACUGGCGGGUCCGCGGCUUUGCAUCGAAAAAAGAUCUGACACUUUGGUUUCCUCAAAUCGGAGUGGAUGAGCACGAAAGCUGGCGCAUUUGGAUGUCUAAACGCAGUCAAGCACUUCUCCUCCACACCAUCACAGUCGCUGUUAUUUUGAUUGCGAAUUUUGCUCUCACCGUCUUCGCACUUUCGCAUUACACUCAUUUCAACGGCGUUGGUACCAUCUUCCAAGGUUCAUGUACGACCGCCAAGCAAUUGGAUCGUUGGCUACACUUACUCAUCAAUCUUUUGGGAACUGGCAUGCUCAUGGCAUCAAACUAUUGCAUGCAACUUCAAGCUGCACCGACACGAGCAAAUAUCGAUAGAGCCCACGAGAAUGAUACAUGGCUUGAUAUUGGAGUUCCAAGCUUGCGCAACUUUGCUUGGAUUGGCAAUUGGAGACGUGUUUCGUGGCUGCUUCUUGCUGCGAGCUCACUCCCUCUUCACUUGAUAUACAAUUCUGCGGUCUUCACGUCCCUAGCAUCAAGCGAUUAUACUGUUGCAGUUGUCAACAGUUAUUUCCUUAAUAGCACCUCGAGCUCAUGGAACCUGACCGCUGCAGCCAGUCGUGGACUUGGAGAUCCAGGUUUCAGUUGGGUUAUCGACGGUCAUCCAGGAUUCGGGUGGAAGAUACCGAUACUCACUCCGGAUGGUGUCAUCUCAGGGAUGCAACAGAAUGCCACCAACACGAAGCUGUAUACCCAAAUGAAUGUCUCUGACUGCUUCACGACAUACAGCGAUUAUUUCAUCGCUCUAGGUGAUGUGAUAAUCGUCACCAAGAAUGAUACUCGCCAUGUUCAGCAACAAAUGAACGAUACACUCCUAAUCCUUGCGUCCAUCAUCCCCAAUUCUGAUGGGUGGGCAAAGAAUCAAUGGGCCAUCGAAAAUGGGACUCAGGCAUCUACAAAAUAUAGGGCAAAACCUCCCAAUGGUCCUGUACAGACAUGGUAUCUUGGUCCAUCGUUCUAUGAGGUUGACUACUGCCUCGUUCAGCUUCCAUCUACCACCGCAGAUCGAUGCAGAUUCGAAUACUCGCCUCAAAUCAUGAUCACAGUUUGUAUCCUCAACCUCAUCAAGACUAGUAUAAUGCUCGUCGUUUGGUGGCUGCGGAAGUACCAGUGGACAUCGCGGAAGGAUCACGAGAAGCAUGUUCUGUAUACUCUUGGCGAUGCGAUUCAAUCUUUCGUUCGACACCCAGAACCCAAGACAGAGGACAUGUGCCUGGCCGGCAAAAGCGAUUUCAUAAGACGAAGGACUCGAAAGACAAGAUUCGUGAAGCCAGAGUUGGUGCUCUCAAAAGAGCCAAGGAAAUGGAAACAACAAGAACGACACUGGGCAUCCGCGGCCAGUGUCAGAAGAUGGGUAUUGUUGAUUUCAAUUUGUCUCCUUGUUCUUAUCGUGGCCUCUGCUUUACUGGGUAUUGCCGUUCAAGCGCUGGCUGCCAGAGGAUUCUCCACCAGCAUCUCAUCUUUGGCGAGUCUAGGUUUUGGUGCUUUGCAACCUUACACAUAUCUCAACAUCGGCCUACCUCGAACCGAUCCCGCCGGUCUCAUCUCCAAUAUUUUGAUUGCAAAUUUCCCACAAUUGGUUCUGUCCAUCUUAUACUUGUUCUACAAUGCCAUGAUGAGUUGCUUUCUUGUUCAGUUGGAGUUCAGCCAGAUGUAUAGGAAACGAAAGCCGCUUCGAGUUUCGGAACCUGAAGGAAUUCAACGUUCUAGCUACUUCAUCUCGUUGCCCUUGAAAUAUGGCAUACCGUUAUAUAUCUCAUCCGGUAUCAUGCAUUGGUUAAUAUCGCAAAGUUUGUUCUUGGCUCGGAUUACUGCUUUCUUUCCAGAUGGAAGUGUUGACGACGGAAGUUCCUUUUCGACGUGUGGCUAUAGUCCUAUUGCCCUAUUUACAACCAUACUCGUAGGUAUCACACUUGUCAUUGGAGUUGUAGCGCUCGGCUUUCGAAAGUACGAGGGGACUAUGCCUUUGGUAUCAACAAACAGCCUCGCGAUCAGUGCUGCUUGUCAUGCACUUCAAGAAGACAGGGGCAAUGAAGGCCAUCUAUUACCAAUGCAGUGGGGUGUAGUUUCGAUGAAAAAUGGUGUUGGGCAUUGCACUUUCAGCACAGCGCAUGAUAACGACCAGCCUGAUGAGAAGCAUACAUAUGUAUAA